GGGGAGGUAAUGGCCGACUGCAAAGCGCUUUCUCAGUGUGAAGACAAAGGCAGUCCUCCCUGACGGGCGGCCAUUCACCUUGAAUUCCCCCUUCCAGACCACAAACCGACGACCUAAACGCUGCAGCGUGGCCUUUUUUUUUUGGUAAACGUCUCACCUUGUGAAAUCACAUGCAUGCACACAAAUUAACACAGGAACCUCUCAGCUGAGACGGAUUUUUCCUCCCCUUGCAUUUGGAGCGAUUUUAUUGUUGCAUUAGCUCUGAAUUGUGAACUGCAGCUGGAGAUCUGGGGUAAUGAUAGAGCUGAAAUGAAAUGAAAAGAUGAUCGGGAGCUGCGCUUUUGGCUGGAGAAGCCUGCGAUCGACCGAAUGCAACACAUAGACAACGAAGGGAAAGGAUUAUUUUAUGGGUUUGCAUCCGAUUUCACUGACCUUCCCCGUCCGGAUUUCGGAUUACUAAACAUUCCCGCGGAAUGGAAGGACGGGAUUUUGCUGCUCCGGCGCACCUCCUUUCGGAGCGGGGCGCCCUGGUGCACCGAGCCGCCUCUCGGAUCGCUCCCUCGGGCCACAGCUCCGUGCAGCACGCCGGUCAUUUCCCACCGGGGAAGUACUACCCGUCACACAUACCGAUGGCUCCCCACUCAGGCAGUGGAUUGAUGGGCAACUCGUCAGCCUCUUUCAUGGGGACCUUCCUGGCCAGUAGUUUGGGUUCCCCGCCUUCUCACCCGCCUCACCCCUCCAGGCCGCCCUCCUCCCCCUCUUCGCCAUCCUUCCGAGGCGGACCCCACUCCAGCGCCUCACAGAUCUGGUUUCCCCAUUCCCAUGAAGGUCCAGGAUACCCUCGAUUUUCAGGGAGUCUGGCCCACACUUUCCUUCCAAUGAGCCACUUAGAUCACCAUGCCAACAGUGGUGUUUUGUAUGGGCAGCACCGUUUCUAUGACACACAAAAAGAAAACUUUUACCUGCGGGGUCUCCCAUCCCAGCCAUCGCUCAUUUCAGCCAAUCACAGCCUGCCAUCGAUGUCUAGGACAGGUUCAGGACACUCUCAGGGGUCCUGCAGCAGGGACAGAGACCCAGGUUUGGGGGCAGGUAUACAUAAGGGUCUUAAAGAGGGAUCAGUGGAGAGAGGAGUGGUACCUGUCAAGGACAAGGAAAGAUCCAGUGGAAAACAAGAUGCUAAAGAUCGACAGCAGCAGCAACAGCAACACCAGAAUCACCAGACACCUCAGACCACGCACCACCACCAUUCCCACACCCAUCAGCAGCAGUCUCACUAUCCACAGCACCCACUGCCAUUAGAGGAGGUCAAUAGUCGAGCGCUGGAGAGACAUAAAGCAUCGCUCACUAUGGAGUACACUAAAGAUCACCAUCAGAGUAUGAGCAAGCCCCUUAGUGCUUGUUUACAUAAUGGCAAGAUGCCAAAUGGAGAUCCAGGAACGACAGCGGGGUCGAAAGUCUCCUUGCCAAGCUGUGGUGGAGAGGGCACAGGCCUUCGAUCUAUGGUAGAUGGGGGGAGCAGCCAGGGCAGGCAUAUAGGGUCCAAUGUCAAUGGUCGCUGCACCAAAGAAGGGGUAAGUGGUGAGAUGAGGAUUAGUGAACAGCCUUCUGAUUGUCUGGAAAGGGGUCAGGCACCACUUCAUCACUCUCUGCCCUACUCAGUACCUCCACCCUUACACAUGGGCUCUGCUGCUGGAGGGGCACAUAGUCAUCCCCAUCCUCAUGCUCACCCUCAUUCACAUCCUCAUCCAGGAGGAUUCCAUUGCCUUCAGCUCCACCCCAGCCAUCCACACCACCCACACCAUUCACACCAUACCCACCACCAUCCAGAUUUUUUCUGCCCACCCCCACCUGCUCCUUUGGCCAACCCUGCCUCACAAGACAGAGGGACAAUCAAUGUAGGACGGGAGCCUAAAGUCACAGGGCCAACAUUUGUACCAUCUGUGGCAGACCUAGGGGACAAAUCAAAUGGACCAUUCCAGCUUGGUAACCCUGAUUGCCAGGGUGUGGGAAACGGAGGAGGCAGCACCUCCAAGGACAAAGCAAUUGAAAAAAGUGGCAGUGGGCACCAUAGUAACUGGCAGAGAAAACAGCAACAGCAGCAUCCAUACAGAAAGACAGAAAAGUCUCUAGACUGGAUGCAGAAUCACCAUCAACACGUUCAGCCCUCACAGCUUCCUCCGCAACCCCAACAGCAACAACAAAAAACGCCCCAUUCUCAACAACAGCACCAAGUUGUACGAUCACGUAGCGCAGAGUGUAUUAAUAGUUCAGUGGACAUGGAUGUGUUCAGACCUUCGCUUUCCCAGGGACCAAAGACGGGGCAUUCUGUCCCUCAUUCUGUCAACUCUUCUCCUUACAGAGACUGCUCCCACCAGGGACCUCCACCUAAUUCUUCCCCACUUGGAAACAAAAACAUGGGACAACAUGCAGGGGCUGGAGCAGCCCAUCCUUCCGGAGGCAGCUGCUCAUUACAGAGAGAAGGCCAAAAGGUAGCUAGGAUUCGUCACCAGCAGCAUGGCAGACCUGGCCCAGAUGCUCCUUCUCCAGCUGAGCUGAACCAGAGUAACAAUCAGGAGCUUAAGAGAAAGAUGGACAUGUCUCCUUAUGGGUAUAACAACAACAGUGGGCAACAUCACCACCAGCAACCUCCUGUACCUCCGUGGGGAAUGAGGCCUCCACAUCACAUGUCACAACCAGAGGAGGAGCAGAGGAGGUCGUACAUGGAGUUAGGAGGCCCUGGUGGACAACACUCACAACGGCAACAGCAGCAACAACAGCAAGGAUUGGGGCUCCCUCCUCAACAGCCCCCACCUGCACCCACUCUCAGUCAGCAACAGCCACAGCAGCAACCGGACGCCCAAGGUCCAACUCAGGGCGAGAGCAGUGCCAUGAAGAGCCUGCUGAAGUACAGUAACCAGCAACAACCAUUGCUUCUUUCUCAGAAGAGCCCAUUUGGGGGGCUGGGAAGUCUCAAAUCGGGUCCAUCAGGGGGUAGCUGUGCUCUCCAGGGCAACAAGCAGACUCUCCCUUCCAGGAAGGGCCCUGCUGAUGGUGAGCGCCCUGAUUACAGUGUAAGGAGCAGAGAAACGGGGGAGGCGGGUCAUGUGGAAAACGAGGUGCGGCAGCCCCCAGUGGGAAUUGCAGUAGCAGUCGCCAGACAAAGAGAGCCGCCAUGUCGUUCAGGAGACGGUCACCCCAACGGCCGACAGGGACGAGUACAUAACUCUGUGAAAGGACUGCCCCGCUCCAUGUAUCCUGUGGAUCCCAAUGAGGAGGAAAGGAAAAGGAUAAAUGAAGAACAAAUGGGUCUCAAUUGUCUGGAUAGAGAUAGAGACGCAUACAUCAGGGAUAAUAAGGAACGUGUGGAGUUUGCAAGGAUCCACCCUUCCACCAGCUGCCAUGGAGACCUUACCUCCCAUCUGAUGGUCCCUGGUGGGACAUCCCUCCAGUCUGGCCAGUUAGGAGACCCUGCUGCACAUUCUGCUCACCAUCAUUGGAUGCCAAGAACUGGAAGUCCAUCCCUUUGGAUGACAGGACAUUCUUAUGCAGGUAUAGGUCAUACACCCUUGCAUCAGAACCUGCCUCCAGGUUUUUCUUCAGCCAUGCCAGGCCCCCUGCAGCCAGUCCUUCCUCUACCACAGGACCCCUCAGCCCAGUUAGUGGUCCUUCCCUCUGAGCCUGCACCCCAUCCAGCGCCACAUCACUUGGACGUGAUCGAGCAGCAAGGGCUGUGGCCCCCUGUGUAUACUGCGCGGGGCCCACCCUCCCACAUGCAACAUCCUGCUGUGUACUCCCGAUCUCAGUUUCUACGGCAACAGGAGCUGUACGCAUUCCAACAGCACCAACAGCUCCAGCAUCAGCACCAGAAUCACCAGUCACAGCAGCUGCAGCUACCUCCUCAGCCUCAGCAGCAACACAGGGCCGCGCACACCAUGCAGCAUCAGUCCACGCACAAUGAACAGAUACACAAGAGACCAGAUGAGCCGUCAGAUGAACUAGAAGAACUGAUUACAGAGCCAAGACCAUCCAAACCUGCUAAGAACUACUCCUAUAACCCCCCACAGAGAAGCAACUCACCCCCUGGAGUCUGUGCCACUCACCUGUCCCCUUGUUACCAAUCCCCCUCACUGCGCCAACAUCCCAGAAGCACUCCUUCUACGCCCUGCCCAGCACCCAGCCCCAUGGCGGCAACCCCUCACUCUCCUGCAAUCAGUCCUGCACCACCUCAGAUGCUCAAGGGUCCUGAAUCCCAGGAUAAGAGGGGCGAAGGACAGGCCCCUCAAGAUUACCCAGAAUCUCUGGAGCCUGAUUUGCCUACGGGAUAUACAUACCCAGCCGUUGCCCUGGGAUACAGAAAUGGACCAUCCCCUCAGGAUGUUCGCCUGGCUCAACCGGCCGACCUGGAAGCGGUCCAAGCAGAACCUCCAGAGCACGCUCCCCAGUCUCUUGCUGGUCUAGGGGAGGAGUUAGACUGCCAGGUUCCAGUGAUGCCCCUCACAGAGCCACUCCCACUCAAGGAAGUGGAGCCAGGAGAGGAGGACAGCAUGAAUGAGAGAGCCCUACAACUGAGGGAGGAGGUGGAGGUCACCGCGGUGACGGCAGACAACUAUGUGCCUGACGAGGAGGGGGCCGACGAGCAGGGUUCAGCUGAGGCAGAUGUGCUUUCUUGCCCCCCAGUUGUGAGCUCAGUGUGUGAGACGGCUUCCUGCCCAGUUCCCCUUGUGACAGAGCAGCCCAGUGGGCCACAUGCUGUCAUUACUUUAGAGGAGGAAGACGAUGAGGAGGCGGUGGGUGAGGAGAGUCAGGUGGUACAUGAUCAAAAGGUCAACCUACAUGCAGAGCAGGAGUCAGAGCUGCCUGCCAUCAUAGAGCUUGACCCCGCUUCCCCUGCUGUCUAUGAGUUGCCUUGCCCCCAGCCAGAGGCAGCAAAGGAGAGUGAGCAUGAGAAUAAGAUGACCCAAGAAGAUGCCGCAGUGGAAUUUCUGUGUCCUUCGCCUGCCUCAACCUCCGCCUGCAGCAAUGGCGAAGAAGCUGCUGCUGUGCCCUGCAAACCUUAUGUGCCCUGCUACUGGAGUCUGGAGCUGCUGAUUGCUGCUGCUUUUUGCACAGAUGUACCCCCAUUUCCCUUGUUCUCCAAUAGCACGCCAUCAACUGUGCUGUCACAGUGCGCCCCCAACAAGGGCAUGGAGCUUCUAAGUGAGCUGGCAGAUCUGGAGCUGCAGCAGAUGAAGCACAUCUGUGGAAAAACCCCUGAGGAGGACCUGCUCAUGUUUGAUCUCCAAAGUCUUGCCACCUUGGCGACAGCCCGCGCCUUGGAGGCGGGAUCACAGGAGAGCAGUAAAACUGGCCCACAGCAAAGCUUCUCGGCUCGUCGGAUCUUCAAUUUACGAAGAAAGUUCAGCUGGGCGCCUCGUAAUGAGCCGGUAUGCCCAGCCAAAGUUAGCAUGGAAACAAUGGAUGGCCCUGAGCUUGAAAUGCGUGUAAAACUGGCUGAUAUACAACGCCGCUACAAAGAGAAACAAAAGGAGCUGGCCAAACUUCAGAGGAAGCAUGACCAUCAGAAGGAGGAAACACCUCGAAGUCCUGCAAGGCGAGGCCCUGGACGUCCAAGGAAGAGGAAGCCCACCCUAACCACGGGCCCUGUGUCCUCAAAUGAGGGCCAAAGGAAAGUCAAGUCGGCGGGGGUGGGGCUCAGCUCGUCGCCUGAGGACCAGGGAGGGGGCGGGGAGACCCAGAGACGGAAGAAGAGGCUGUCCAGUCAAGGCUUUGAGCGAAUCAGCACUGUACAGCAGAUAAAAGCACAGGGCUGCAGAAAAAGCAGUGUUCACAGCGUGCUCAGCUCCAAGCUGGCUGGUGAUGUGGCUCAGCUCAAACAGAAGGCCCCGGUUAAAAGGAAUCUCUCAGGAACAGGCUCCAGGGACAAGGAAGGUUCACCUUGCAGCUUAAACCUCAAGCAUGCACAAAGGAGUCAAGGUGGAAUCAAAGGUGAAUCCAGGCGAGAGUCAGGAGGACAAAGUGAUACAGGAGCCAGUGUGGACAGUACUACCCAAGAAAGCUGGUCAGGACAGGCGCGGCAUGGAAGCAAGAAAGGAUCUACGCAGAGGCAAGGUUCCUCCUAUUUUCACCAGGCCAGAUCAAAGGUUCUACGUGGUCAGAGGCAGGAAGCAGCAAAGGAGGAGGAAAGCUCCUCCGCCGAGAGUGACUCCUCUGACCAGGAAGAUGAAGAAGAGGAGGGAAGUUAUGAGACAGAUGAAGGUCAAGAUUUCAGAAGUCAACCUACAAGAGACAUCACUUCAGGCUCAUCCAUGAUGGGCCCCAGUCCUUCAUCUAUCGUGAAACUGGAAGCCAACCAGAAGGCCAGGAACAAAAAACAGAGGCAGGAGCUGUAUGGGUCCCAGAUUCUGUCGGCAGCAGAGAGUGAAGUCAAAGUGAAGAAGAAACCCAAAAAUAGGUUGGGGAUCGGCCCUGCUGUGAAAAACCUCCAACACCAGCGACCCGAGGGAGGUAGGAGAACAUGUGGACCCAGGUCAAAGGAGUCCAGGUGGGGGAGCCUCGGGACGAGAGGCAACCGCUACAGGAAGACCUUUGGGAUGGCCACCUUCCCAACAACCAGUGAGAGGCUGAAGAGGGCGACACGCAAGAGCACAAUGUUGAGGGGAGCAAUCAGUAAGAGGAGAAGCUGCUGGUCAGUCGGAGCAUCUUCUAUGCAGAACGAUGAUGGAAGCCGAGGACAAAAAAACAUGGACCAGCAGUCAAAGGGACGAGCUGUAAGUCGUCUUCUGGAGAGUUUCGUGGCUGACGAGGGCUUUCAGAUAGAUGGCAGCAGCUUCUCAGAAGAGGAGGAGGACCGUGGUCUUUCAAACAAGGGAAAACUUAAAAUUCCUAACUGCAUCCUGACCAAAGAACACUUAUGUGACGGACUGAAGGUGCUGAUCUCCAAGGAGGAUGAGCUUCUGUACGCCGCCAGGGUUCACACUCUGGAGAUCCCGGAUAUCUUUAGCAUUGUUAUCGACGGUGAGAGGGGAAACCGACCAAGAAUCUAUUCACUGGAGCAGUUGCUAAAGGAAGCUGUCUUGGAUAUACGACCAGAGKCUGAGGCUGUGCUAAGUGACGGAACCAGGGUGUGUGCUUACUGGAGCGAACGCUCACGGUGUCUGUACCCCGGCUACGUUCGCAGAGGAGGUUCAGUUGAUGAGGGGAAGCCAGGAGUGAUGGUUGAGUUUGAUGAUGGAGAUCGGGGGAAGAUUUCUCUCCCAAACAUCCGGCUUCUUCCUCCAGGAUAUCAGAUCCAGUGUGAGGAGUCUUCUCCUGCUCUGCUGGCACUGAGCGGAACAUCAGCCAAGAGAAGUUCCAGUCUGGAGCAGGCCCCAGUCAGCGACAGGCCUUCUGACAGACUGAGCUCCACCAAUUCUCUGUCAAACACCCAAAACCUAACUGUUAUCAAAAGAAGACCUGGGAGACCAAAAGGCUCAGGGAAGAAACAAAAGCAGCAACAGGCAGAAAAUGCCAACAAAAGUCCUCCAGCUUUCCUGGGUUGGAGUUCACUGGGUAACACCCGGAAGAGACCUGCUGACAGUCUGUUUCAGUUUAACGGGGCACCCAGGAAGGCCUUGAGAGGAAAGGAGGAUGCCUUGUUUUCUUCUCCUCAAACGCAGUCCCUGACCUCCCAACCAACCAAAGGCCUUUUCAGCAGCAGCUCCUUUGAGGUGGAUUCUUUUAGAAGCAUUGCAAAUGGCUAUUCCUCCUUCUGUUCUCAGUCUGCAGGGGCAGGACCUGGUUUAUCUAUGGUUCCCAGGACUGGCAUGUACAGUGAGAAGCGUAGGCAAGAUGACAUGGUUGCACCAAGGAGCAGAAAGUCUGGACAGGAAUUUCUUAUCAAAUUGGACCACGAAGGAGUGACAUCUCCCAAGACCAAAAACAGCAAGGCACUGCUGCUGCAAAGCGAAUAUUCCAGUGUGAGCAGUAUGCCUAAAACUGAGGCAUACUCUCACCCAGUCCUGCUGGUCAAAGACAACAAAAAAGGUGGUGCCUCCAGAGUGGAACUCCUCUUAAAAGGAACCACUCCACAAAGAAAGCCCUCUCCUUCUYUGCGGCAGGAGAAAUAUGGKGAUCUGGGCUUCAGUUCUCACAGAGAGUGUCACCCUUCCUAUUCUGACCUGGAUGAUGAAGAGGAAGAGGAAGAGAGGAGGCGGGCUGCACUGGCUGCAGCCACAGGAGGACUCAGGAUGCCUGGUCGUUUUCUUUCUCGCCUCUCUGUCUCCUCAUCCUCUUCUGGUUCUUCAAGUUCUUCCUCUUCAGGCUCCCUUUCCAGUUCUAGCUUGUGUUCAUCAGACAAYGAUUCAUCCUACAGCUCAGAUGACGAGGAUAACUCGGCGCUGAUGCUCCAAAGUUGCCUGUCUUCUCACCAGGGACUGCUGCCAUCCGCAGAACCCUCAACUUCUUCAAGGCCUCGGCAGCAUUCCUUUGUUGCCAAAGCUGUUGCUGUUUCCAGUGCCAAAGGAGGCCCGUCAGAGCAGUUGUCCAACAGCAAGCCCUUAAAGAGGAAGGAUUGCAUGGCUGCAGUCUCGAAACCGGCAAAGGAAUGCAUGAAAAAACCACGGAUGCUUCCAGAUGACACUUCAUUUAUUCCAAGACCCAAGGUAUCUGCAUUCCUGGCUGGCCGGCAGAUGUGGAGGUGGGCCGGAAACCCUACACAGAGACGAGGAUUAAAGGGCAAGGCCCGAAAGCUUUUCUACAAGGCUAUUGUCAGAGGAAGGGAUACUGUAAGAGUUGGUGAUUGUGCCGUUUUCCUCUCGGCUGGACGUCCUAAUCUCCCAUAUGUGGGUCAAAUCGAGAAUUUCUGGGAGUCCUGGACCUCAAGAAUGGUUGUCAAAGUCAAAUGGUUUUACCACCCUGAGGAGACCAAACUAGGCAAGAGACAUCGUGAUGGCAAGUACGCCCUUUACCAGUCGUGUCACGAGGACGAGAACGAUGUCCAGACGAUCUCUCAUAAGUGCCGGGUUGUGAGCAGGGAGGAGUACGAGUGUCUGACUCGCAAUCAGAAGCCAAACAGUAGUUAUCCAGACCUGUACUACCUGGCUGGGACGUACGACCCCACCACCGGUCAGCUAGUCACUGUAGAGGGGAUUUCUAUCAUGUGCUGAAUUGCCACGGGGACACUACUGAAGGACUUCUUGGGAGUAAGGCUUGUGAAUAGAAAACGAUGCCAUGGGUGAGUCUGAAAGGUCCACUAACUGAACAUCAAGUCGCCAAAGCAGGGCUGUCUGCGAUUACACACUGGAGCAUUCUGGCGUCUAUAAAAGUCCGGGUCUUCCUGGGGAUCAGAAACUUGAACAAGUGGUGUUUCAAUUCCAUAAUGAAUCUAUUUUUUUAAAAGCGGUCUUUCUUGACUGAAUACUGGUUUUAAGACUUCUACUUCUGGCUCUUCUCCAUUGUUUUAGAAAGAGAGCUACGAUUGCACUGGAUUGUGCAAAUUAAAACAAGGUCCAAAUCGUCACUGUUUGACUACGUUUCAAAAGGCUGGCCUUGUCUGAGUCAUUGGAAGAAAAUCUUAAGGCACAUGGGGAGCRUCUUCAUGCCUUUUCAUUCCAGAGAAGCUGAAAACAUGUAAAGGCAAAAGUGUGUAGAGUUAAAAAAAAAAUGUCUGUAAAUAUUUUGAAAUCUUCCCCAAUCAAGCCAUACACUUCAGUACCUCUCGCCUGUCUUAACUGUUCAGGUGUACAUUGUACAGAUAGAUCAGUUAAUGUAUUGUUGUCUCUUGUCUAUAUGUACAUAAAAGCUAUUUUAUAUAGGAGUUUAUUGUAUAUAUGAGAUGUAUCUUUCCAUGUUUGCAAUUGAUUUAUUUUUAUAUGGGUGUAGACUACAUUGUAUUGUGUUGUUUCUUUUUCCCUUUGCUUUGGGGAGUCGAGAUUGGAGAGAUUAGUGUUGCACUGCGUAUGCCCUGCUGAGACAGACCCGAGAAAAAAGAGAGCACAGACGGAGGCAGAAGGAUUUAAUCUGUAACAGGAGAAGACUCACUUUCUCAAAGAAAGUAAUCGCCCUGUUAAAAAAAAGUGUUUUCUUUCAAGUGUUACUUCAUUUUUUUACAAAAAUAUUUUCUUUUUAUGUCUUUUUUUUUAUUAUUUAUGUAUCAUGCAUCAUUAUCACAAGGCAGAUCCCAUCGGACUGCUGUCACGGGUCAAAAAUGAGUGUACCAUUAUGAGACUAUGUUUGUGUGCGAUAAGUGUCCUAGCAUCACUAUAAUCAUGUCCACACAAAUAAAUAAACAAAACAAAACAAACAAACAAACAAACAAAAAAACUGGGUCUUUCAAUGAAAAUGUGUUUGAGUGUUGCACUCAUCAGAGCUUAGACUAGCACACCAUGGCCUACAAAAUACCAAAGUGUCUUUAGAAAUUUUAUUUCCUUUAUUUAAAUUUUUUACUGAAGCACUUGUGCAAAAAUUCAGAUCAGAAAUCACUGGCAAUUUCUAAGAAUGCUUGUCCUCCACUGUGUGCAUAAAUAUGAACUCUGCAUUGUGACAAUGGUUUGUUCCACAUGUACCUGCAGAUUUUUUCAGUGCAAAAAUAUGCAUUAAAAAAAUGCCACCUCUAGGGAUUUGACAAUGAAGGUCAAUGUACUGGCAAAGAUAGAUGUUGACAAUUUGAAUUUAAUUAUUUUAUUCUCAUCGCCAUCUGUGUCUAUUUUGUACAGUCCAUACACAAUCUCAGUGCUAACUGUGAACGACAAUCAGAUUCACAAAGCAAUGGACAAAGUAGGUUCACUCAAUCUGAAAAGUUUAUUUAAUUUGUGCCAAGUACAUUUUUUUUUCUAUUUUUGUCUUGUCUGAUAUGCAAGCUUGAGUAUUUUUUGUUGUUGUUGAAAGUUUUAUUUUGUUUGCCAACAUUUUAUUUAUUGUCAGUUUGCUGUUUGUCCAUGCCAAGAGAGCUUUAUGAGAAUGUAAUUUGUUUUUCUUAGUUUUGUUUUGUUUUUUGUUUUUUUCUUUGUUUUUGUGUGCUGUCGCAUUUGCAUUCUGGUCCUAUAGAGGCCAUCUAGUGAAAACAAAUAAAGCAACACUGGAUUCGUCUAAUCCACAAAACAACCUA